AUGCCUCAGACACGUUCUCGCUCGAGGAGCAAAGCGGCGGACACCCGUGCUGACCACGAUGAUGGUCCUGAGCACCGUGCCAACGGGUCUACAACCCGUCGGUCGCGUUCACCAUCCUCUUCCAGCUCUCCCGUCCGCUCGCCGCUCUACCACCCUCGGUACGCGCCCACCGGCCCCGCGGCUCUCACGUCCAUCGCCUUGCAAGCACUGUUUCUUGGAGCGGUACUCUCUGGUGCGCUUCUCUUCUCGCUCCAGCUCGCUUUCUCUCGCAAUCCCUUGUGGCGCCUCCCGUUCUUUGUGGCCACGUGCACGUUGUUCCAUUUCCUGGAAUUCUGGUGCACGGCUAGGUGGAAUCCCGCGAUGGCGGACCGAUCGAGUUUCUUGAUUGUAGGGAACGGCGCGGCGCAGGGCUGCGCAUAUCUGGUCGCUUUGGUAGAGGUUGCAGUAAGGGAGCUUGUCAAGGGGAAGGGGUGGUGGUCUGGGAAGUGGGAAGGCGUGUUCAUAAUAGUGCCGAACGGGACGGUAACUGUUAUUGGUAUGGGUCUGAUUGUGUUGGGGCAGAUGGCCAGAAGCAUGGCGAUGAGAGAAGCUGGAGCAAGUUUCAACCACUUAGCAGUUCAAUACUACAAGAGAGAAGACCAUAUUCUCGUCACCAGCGGUAUCUUCAGCUGGGUUCGCCAUCCGAGCUAUUUUGGCUUCUUCUAUUGGGCGCUAGGUACGCAGCUGGUGCUGGGAAAUUCCUUCUCGUUCCUCGCCUACACGUUGGUGCUCUGGAGAUUUUUCUCUCAUCGAGUCAUGCAUGAGGAGCGGUACCUGAUAUCGUUCUUUGGUGACGACUACCGCAACUACCGCGAGCGGACUCCAACAUGGAUUCCCCUCGUGGGAUGA